AGCAUUGAUUUGCUGGGCAGUUGAGAUUUUUACAACGAAUUCUGCUCUCGCAACCUGUUCGAACUUGCUCCCAUGUUGUAUGUCGCUCUCUUUUACCUGCACAUGAAGAAGCCGCACCAUCGACAGGCGCGAAUGUAACUUUCUGUCCCUCAGAAACACACACAUGAUGUGUGACACAUCAUUUGCCUUCGGUCGAGCCUUAUCGAAAUAAAGUUGUCGGUAUGUGCUAUGUAUGAAAUCAUGCUGAAUUUUUCCCACCAGUUGCAUAAGUACAUAUUCACAUUUGAUUCGGUUUUUGUGCUUCCCGUAAGCAGCAGUUCUCGGUUCGUUCACAAACAUUGACCUUCGUGUAUGUCGUGAUUAAUCGUCGUUCCUUUAUCUUCUACUUCUAGGCACGACCAGUCAUCUUUCGUCCUGUGUGUCGUACUGUCAUGUACAUCUUCAAUCAAGAGGCGGCAGUCGUGCCUUCUUCUAUCGUUCAAAAUGGAUACCACCUUCACCUCGACGACCGCCCCACAGGAACCCACUCCAACUCCCCAUUAUUAUUUCACCGCCUGGUCAUCGGCCCCAUAUCUAUAGGAAGACGCCAUACGUUUACGUUGCAUUUGCGCAUACUGCACAUGACUAGUUUGUUGAUGGCAACUACGUAAUCCAACAGCUAGCAAUUGCAUGCAACUCUGACCGACUCGUGCAAAAAUCGAUUGAGGCAGCCAUAUGAAGAGGACCACGCGACGUUCACUCUGACGUACUUGCCGAAAAGAAUCGAAGACCACGACCUCCGCCUGUAGUGCUGUCCCUACAACUCUUCCUAGCUUGUCAACAACAUUCGGUGAACAAACGUCAUUUCGAGGAUGUCGCGCAAUAAGGCGGACGACAUUCCGGAGUCGGCGUACUUCGUGCCCGAGGGCGUGGACGCGAUUUACAUCAUCCGCCGGAUGGCGAACUUUCCCGCCUGCCACGAGAAAAUCAUGGUACCCAUGAACUUCCGCGAGAACAAAUACAACUACACCGGGGCGCACUUCCGAAAAGACAUCCAGCGGGCCGUGAUGGAGUACGACAAACUGGACUACCUCCCCUCGCCCUGCGUGCGCAUGUGGCACCGCCCGCACACGGAGGCGAAGGACGCCUACUCCGUGCUCUACAGCUCCCUCGGCCGCAUGAACUUGGUGACCUCGGACUUCGAGACCGGGCCGGAGUCCUCCGGGAAGGCGAAGGCCCAGAAGAGCUCCAUCGAAACCGCCAUCUGGGCGAUUGACGGUACGACGACCGUUAUCCAGGAAAAAAAGUGUCUAAGUGUAACUUUCUUCGAGGAACAGCAUCACAAAUUUGCGCUACAUGACAGAGAAAACCUGUGACGCAUGGCUUGUAAGGGAAAACACACAUGAAAAGAGGACUUCAUGGCUGUCUGGCAUGACAGGUGUAACUCUGUUGCAUAUUCUGCAAUACAAGUUUACACUUACACAGUUUUUUUCUUGCAUAACCGUGGACGCGGUGGUGAACGGCGCGCUGCGGUUGUCCAUCCAGAGGCAGCAGGACGAGGACAAGGACGCGCAACAGCAAAACGACCCGAGCUACAUCUCGGCCAGCGAGAAGCAGCGGAACCCCAACAAGUUUCUGGAAAUUCCGACCGGGAUUUUGUCGGACAUAUGAAAUGUAAAAAUGUCUGGGUCUGGAAGAGUCAUGCUGUUUUUGCAUGACAAAGAAGGUCUGGCAUGGAAGCUCUAGCAUCACAGGUUUCGAGAAGCUUCCGCAAUGCCGAACCCGCAUGAGAAAUCCCCCAUUUUGGUGCCAGAAAGUGGGCGCCUUUUGCUACCUAUGCAUGAGAUAUUUUUCUGGGUUCUAAAAUGCGCAUCACAGGUUCGGAUCCUUCCAGACCCAGACACUUUUACAUUUGAUAGGACAACGUGUUUCACGACCGCAACCGGGAGAUCCAGGACCACUGGAACAUGCGGGACAUUUUCAACGACUUCGAGAAUUUCGAGGACACGAAAACCAUGGUGCUGAUCGAGAUCGAGACGCACGGCAAGUCGCUCCGCGUCGACCAAUCGUUCGAGCAGAUGCUAGAGAACAACACGCACAGCUUCACCGUGGAAGACUGGGAAAUUGCGAUUUACAUGGUGCCGCAGAACAAGGUGCACAAGGUACUCGACGGGUACUGGGAGACCCAGGACGAGCUCCUUUCCCCCGGGGAGCUCCACCGCAAGAAGGUGAAGGAGGAGCAGAUGGCCAAGGCCAUGGCCAUGCAGGAGGCCGCGGAGAAGGAGGCGCAGCGGCAAGCGCGCAUUCUGAAGGGCCUGCCCCCGCUGCCGGAGAAGAAGGAGGGGGAAACCUCCGAGGAGGAAGAAACGCCGGGCGGCACGGGCCCGAACGGCACGCCGAGCGGGCAGGGGUCGUCCAGCAAGCGCAAAAAGCCAAACGAGAAGAAGGAGUUCAAACGGGGGCUACGCGAGAUUGGGCACCUGAAGUACCCGACGCACUUGUCCAAGUGCUACGACACCCCCUUGCUGCGCGUCCUGGACAAGCUGGACCGCACCAUCGCGCAAACCCAAAACCCCUACGUCACAGACGGGAAAGUGAUCAAGAAGUCCCGGUCGUUAAAGAACUGCUGCCUAUGAAAUGCAAAAAUGUCUGGGUCUGGAAGGAUCCGAACUUGUGAUGCGCAUUUUAGAACACAGAAAAAUCUCUCAUGCAUAGGUAGCAAAAGCUGCCCACUUUCUGUCACCAAAAUUAUCGGGGAUUUCUCAUGCGGGUUCGGCAUUGCGGAAGCUUCUCGAUGAAACCUGUGACGCUCGAGCUUCCAUGCCAGACCUUCUGCGUCACGCAAAAACAGCAUUACCCUUCCAGACCCAGACACUUUUGCAUUUGAUACUGCCUCGCUUUGAUCAACUUCCACAAGAAGUUUACCAACGUGAACGCCCUCUCGGAGACCGACGGACUGUCGGCCUUGCACAAAAUCACGCUGAAGUUCCUGCUGCGCGGCCGCGACGACCCCGAGGAUUCCAUGUCCGAGAUUUUCACCGCACUGAUGCGGCACCCGUACCUGAAUCUGGAGACCCGGGACAUGGACGGCGGGAAAACGGUGUUAGAAUACGCGCUGGAUGUGUACUGGGGGCAGCUGAAGGCCAACACGGAGCAGACGGGCAAGUCCGCGUCGGGCUUUCCCGAGGAGAUCGUGAACAUGAAAGACAUGCCGAGAAAUAACAUCAUCGGCCCGGAUAUGGAACUGUCAGGAUUGAAAUUAACAAAGUUGAAAUAAUUUGUGAUGCAUAAAAUCUAUACCAGUUGGACCCACAGUUUCCAAUCGGCGCAUGACAAAUUUUCCUGGCCUCUGAAGCAAGUCUGUCAUGCUGUUUAGGGCAAGAUGGCUGCUCCCUGUCAUGCUAGUCAGCAGCCCAAUGCUUGACCCUUACCAGCACUAGAAUCUGCCUCCCUUGCGCCUUCAGCAAUAGAGUCAGUCUCUGUGUCGCAUUUUAUGCAAUACAAAUUAUUUCAACUUUGACGAUUUCAAAGCUGACGCUUCCAUACCGGAAAGGAGAUAUUUGCGGCACUCCGUGCUGUACGAGCUCUUCGAGCCGUUUUGGCAGCGGGACUCGAAGAUGCGACCGCAGAAAAUUAAGCCGUAUCUGAAGUGCUUUCGCAACGCGAGGAACGCGUUGGCAUUUGCGAAAAGACGGGAAACCUUCUCCAUCGACGAGGAAAUGGGUAAAACUUUUUCGUGCUUUUUUGGUUUUCUUUAUCAAGAACAGCAUCUUGCAUACGUAGAAAAAGUGAAAAGAAAGAGAAGCACUUUCAGGCACUAGUACUUGCCAACAACAUGAUCCAGUUCGAAGAUUCGGUAUGAAACUUUUAAAAAAAUACGAAUACUUCAAAAAUAAACGACUUCAGAUUUCCGUGCGCGCGAGGCCCGACUGCUGAAGAACCCGAAAUUUCUCGACGCCCUGAAUGUAACCUGUUCCUGGGACCCGCUGGACCUCCACAAUGCCCGGCAGCGGGAUCGGGAACUGCGGUUCGACGGUCUGGAGAUGAUUGACUUCAUCAAAAACCCGGUGUUCCGCCGCAUCCGGAAUAAGCAAAUCCUGAUCCGGUCCUUCCACAGCCUGCUGUCCCGGUCCCUCGUGGUCGACAUCCAGAAGUCCUGGGCCAUUCUGUUCAACGACCUGCAGAACGAGACCAACGUGGACGUGCAUGCGUUGAUGGAGUACCCCGACGUGUCGGACGGGAACAACUGUCUGCUACACAAAAUUCUCCGCGUCGGCACCGUGUACGACGUUUCCAUUGCCCUGACCGGCGAGUUAUGCAUUGCAAAAGCAUCGUACUAGUACAAAUUGCAUUACAAAUUUGCUCAGCAUGAGAAACAACGCAAUUUGUAAUGCUGUUUUACCUUAGGAAGAAGAUUUCUCAUGCAUAUUUGCAAUUAGUACGAGUACGAUACUUCUGCACAGGAUACGAGUGCGCGGUGGAGAUGAACUACGAGCCGCUGGUAUCCUCAGUAAAAACGUACCCACACCAGAGCUGUAAUGCAGAUUUGCAAAGACAGGGAGACUUGUAAUGCGCAUCCCCAUGAGAGCCAUUUCCAAUCGUGUUUUGGAAUUUGUAAUGCUGUAAACAGGAUUAGCAGUUGGAUUUCUGAUGCAGCUGGCCUUGCGAACCUGCACUACGCUACGGACUGCAGCUUGUGAUGCGUGACUCACAAAACUCCUAGGCUUGUGUUGCAAAAUCCCCAUCCUG